AUGAGUGCAGCGGGUGUACCCUACUCCUCCUCCCCCUCCAAUGGAGUAGCAUCAUCCUCAUCAUCAUCACCCUCGCAAAUGAUGGAGGGUGUCAUCUCAUUGAAUAACAAUGAUUUCAGUUACGGUGAUGAGUUCACACCUCAGUAUGCCCUGUCGCCGGACACCUAUGAUGUACGCCAAAGGACCAUCGAAAAUAUCUGGGAUAUCACGGUAUCCUUGAACAUUUUGUACAAGGAGAACUGGACAAAAUUGGCCGCCCUGGAAAUUGCCAAAUUUCAGGACCAAUUAAUUAAGAGACUGAACGAAGAUGCCAUGUUGCAAUUAUCGCAUGACACCGAUGUUAAUGGCCAGACACCGGCCACCGAAGCAGUGUUGCUGUUCCAUCAGCAUGGCCUGUCACCGCAUCAUCUGCACCAUCAUCAUCAUGAGUGGAAUUUUGCCAGGGCCUUUUUGUAUUCGCUAACGGUGCUGACCACAAUUGGUUAUGGCAACAUUGCGCCUCGCACCACCCUGGGCCGUUUGGUUACCCUGGCCUAUGCAUUUUUCGGCAUACCCCUGACCCUGGUGUAUCUCUCCAGCACGGGUGGCAUUCUGGCCAAGGUGGCCCGCGAAGUAUUCUCGAAGGCGUUGUGCUGCUGCCUAUGCUCCAACUGUGGCUACUGUUGUUACGACGAAAAGCGUAUGGCCGAAAAGGAGAGACGUAUGAAACGCAAACGCCAACAGGAAGAGUUGCGCAAACAACAACAGGCUCUGCAGGAACCCUACUACGUUCGGUCCGGAUCGAUGCCGGACACCUUUCAGACGCCGGAAAAACAAUCGCUCGGUCAGAGCAGCAUACAAAUGCCCGAUCUCGAUUCGCUGAGUGCCAGUGAGUCGCGUGGCAGCAUGCAUGGCCUGGCCAUCUUGGCACCCAUACUCCUCUGCUUUUGUAUGAUGAUAAUCUACAUCUUGUUCGGGGCCGUGGUCCUCUAUCGCCUCGAGGAUUGGCCCCUCUUGGAUGGCAUCUAUUUUUGCUUCAUGAGUCUCUCCACCAUCGGUUUCGGCGAUAUGAUGCCAGGUUUUCGGCGCGACUCGAACACCACCAUUUGGUUUUGUUCCAUAUACAUUAUGUCCGGCAUGGCCCUGACGGCCAUGUGUUUCAAUGUCAUACACGAAGAGAUUGUGAAUCGCAUUAAAUUUGUGGUGGAAUUUAAGAAAACAUCGAAUCUGGAUACAACGAAUGAUGAGCCGACCAGCUAUUAUAUGCCACCUUGACAGCCGUAUACGGAGAAGAAGCAGAACUUGUAUCAACGAAAUCCCACCGAAGAGACUUUGGUAACGGGCACACCCACAUCACUGGUCUUUGGCACCCACAAUGACUCAGAUUUGGCGAAUAUUCACCAAUUAAAGGAUUAUGUUAAUCACGAGUUAAUGCCUAUUCUGACAAUGGAUCCAAAUGCAACGGCUUCAACAUCAACUAAUCUACUAAAAUCGAAUGUAAAUUUACCGCUUAAUAAUUUAACAACCUCAGCAUCGUCCUGUGGUGGUGUUGGUGGUGGUUUGGCCACAUCUCCGCCUAGUUCUUGUCCUGGGCUCAAUACAAUGGGUAGUCCUUUGAUGGAUACUCUCACGCCUACCACACAAUCAUCGUUGGACUCAAAUGGUGGCAACCUCGGCCUCAAAGGGGUCUAUACCCUGGCCGAAGAACCUGAACUGGAGGCCCAGGAGACCCAAAUAGAUCGUAUUUAAAAUGUAAAAUUAUAAACCAUUCACCCUAAGGUUGAUAGUAAGGAAUUUUUUUGUAUAUAAAAACGAAAAUAAAAAAUAUAUAAAAUUAGAAAAAUAUCUUUGUUAUAUUUUAGUUAGAGUUAAUGGUAAAUUUAGCAAUAAAUUGAAAAAAAAAAUUAAAAAAAUAUAAAAAAACCGAAUAUUGUGACUGACAAACUGCAACCUAACAUAUAAAAAAAUAUAAUGAAAAAAAAUUAUCAUCAGUAUUCUUAAAGAAAUCUUGAAAAAAAAUAACUUUUUUUAUUGUAAAAAUAUGAAAGAGUAAAAAUCUUAUAAAAAAAAGUUAUUAACUUUUGUACUUUUUAUGUUAAGUAUUUAGCUAAAUGUUUAGAUGAUGUAAUACACACACACUUUCACACACACAAAUGUAGUUUUAAACAUUAAUCAACAUAAAAUUAUUUCUAAAAUAAUGACAAAGAACCCAAACAACAAGAAAUAAAAGUAUUUCAUAGGAAAACAAUUAAAAACUACACAUAAAUUGUUAAAACAUUUAAAAAAAUAUUGAAAAAAAAAAUAAUUCUAAUAAUAAAACAAAAAUUUCAUAGCAAAAAAGAAACGAACAACAAAAUGAAGAUACAACAAAACACCGUGUAAAUGUAUAAAUAAGGUUAUAACAAUUUUCAA